AUGGAGCGGUGGCGUGACCGGCUGGCACUGGUGACGGGAGCCUCGGGGGGCAUCGGCGCGGCCGUGGCCCGGGCCCUGGUCCAGCAGGGUCUGAAGGUGGUGGGUUGUGCCCGCACCGUGGGCAACAUCGAGGAGCUGGCUGCCGAAUGUAAGAGUGCAGGCUACCCCGGGACUUUGAUCCCCUACAGAUGUGACCUGUCGAACGAGGAGGACAUCCUCUCCAUGUUCUCGGCGGUCCGCUCUCAGCACAGUGGCGUGGACAUCUGCAUCAACAACGCUGGCCUAGCCCGGCCCGACACCCUGCUCUCAGGCAGCACCAGCGGCUGGAAGGAAAUGUUCAACGUGAACGUGCUGGCCCUCAGCAUCUGCACACGGGAAGCCUUCCAGUCCAUGAGGGAGCGGAAGGUAGAUGACGGACACAUCAUCAACAUCAACAGCAUGAGUGGCCACCGGGUGCCACCCCCGGCCGAGACCCAUUUCUACAGCGCUACCAAGUACGCCGUCACCGCGCUGACGGAGGGGCUGAGGCAAGAGCUCCGGGAGGCCCAGAGCCACAUCCGAGCCACGUGCAUUUCUCCAGGAGUGGUGGAGACACAGUUCGCCUUCAAACUCCACGACAAGGACCCCGAGAAGGCAGCCGCCACCUAUGGACACAUGAAGUGUCUCAAACCUGAGGACGUGGCCGAGGCUGUCAUCUAUGUCCUCAGCAUGCCCCCACAUGUCCAGAUCGGAGACAUCCAGAUGAGGCCCACGGAGCAAGUGACCUAG